AUGGAUGGUUCCAAGGCAUGCGACCAGUGUGACGAAAUCAACAGCUGGGAACCGCUCGUUGUUAACCUUCACCGCGAAAUCGAGCAAGCCCAUGCUCAACUUAAGGGAACCGCCACGGCUCGUCAUGUGGGAGCCACCGCCUCCGCCGCCGCUGAGACUACCUCGAACGGCAAUGUAGGAAGCAAUGAGGACAUUGCUCUGCAGGUCCAGAUGGGCAUAAGCGAUUGCCUUCGCGAAAUCCUCGAGACACUUCAACGUCGUGGCUCAUCCGGUGGCACCAUUCUCGCCUCGCCAGAAGAAGACGAGGAACCUGUUGAUGACCCCAAGUCUGACAAGAGACGGACUGCGCCCGAUGCCGAUGGCGGACAGACCGAGACUGGAGGAAAGAAGCCUAGGAGCAAGUAG